AUGGUGAAAGACGAACCACACCAUAUCAACUAUGAUGAUCACAGAAUUCAUUUCGGUAAUGCAGGGCCAAUGGGAUUAAGCGCUUUUGCACUUACUACCUUUGUCCUUUCAUUGGUCAACUGCCAGGCAAGAAGUGUAAAGACCUCUAACAUUGUUAUAGGUCUUGCCGCCUUUUACGGUGGUCUAGUUCAGCUUCUUGCCGGAAUGUGGGAGCUGAUUAACGAUCAUACUUUUAACGCUCUUGCACUCUCAUCAUACGCCGGUUUCUGGAUGAGUUUUGCCGCAAUUUCUAUUCCUUGGUUCCACAUUGCUGAUGCAUACGCCUCCGAGACAGAAUUGAACCAAGCUAUUGGAUUAUACCUUCUUGGAUGGAUGAUAUUCACUUAUGGACUCUGCUUGGUUACUAUAAAAUCAACGGUGAUGUUCUUUGGUUUAUUCUUUAUGCUUGGAAACACAUUUUUGUUGCUCGCAAUUGGCUCGUUCGCUGAGUCAGCAAGUACAACUAAAGCUGGUGGUGUUGUUGGCGUUAUUACUGCAUUUAUCGCAUGGUAUGUUGCGUAUGCCGGUGUUUCUAACAGAAGCAAUUCAUAUUUGGUUGUAAAACCAAUUCCAAUACCAGUUUUUGGUCAUAAUUAA